AUGCCGAACCUACGCGUAUUCACAUGCUCAUUAUGCCGGGCCACGCCUAACGCUAGGAGACAGCGGGUUGUGAUACUGGGCUCCGGAUGGGCAGGAUAUACCUUUUCUCGCACCCUCGACCCGUCCAAGUACGAGCGGAUUGUCAUCUCCCCUCGCAGUUACUUUGUCUUCACGCCGCUGCUGGCCUCGACGUCUGUUGGUACUCUGGAGUUCCGAGCCGUCCUCGAGCCUGUCCGGCGUCUACCGGGAGGCGUACGCUUCCAUCAAGGAUGGGCCGACGAGGUGGACUUUUCUCGCAAAGUUCUCCGUGUCGAAGCCAAUGCUGUUGACCCUCUUCCGGAUGCUAUGCCACCCUCAACAUUACCAAACCCCAGCCAGCCGCUGAGAGGGGAGACAUUCGACAUCGAGUACGACAAGCUCGUCAUUGCAGUCGGCGCCUAUAGUCAGACCUUUGGUAUUCAAGGCGUCCGAGAACAUGCACACUUUCUACGCGAUGUAGGUGAUGCGCGACGCAUCCGGCUUCGGGUGCUCUCUCUCUUCGAACAAUGCUCGUAUCCGACUCGUUCGGGCAUCAAGGACGGCAGUAUGGCGACGAAGCCGCUCUCAGAGGACGACAAACGAUCCCUGCUUCACUUCGUCGUCGUGGGUGGCGGUCCAACGGGAAUUGAAUUCGCGGCAGAGCUACACGACUUGAUUCACGAGGACCUCAAGAAUAUGUAUCCAGAGCUGAUACCGCUAGUGCGUAUCACUGUCUAUGAUAUCGCACCCAAAGUGUUGCCCAUGUUCGACCAAGCGCUGGCAAACUAUGCCAUGGACACGUUUGCACGACAGGGAAUCCAAGUCCGGACGGAGCACCAUCUCGAGCGUGUAAGAGUGGCUGACGGGGAUCUUGGACGUGCACACGGCGGGCUCAGCAUCAAGAUCAAAGAGUAUGGCGACGAGGAGGUCAACGCAGGGUUAGUGGUCUGGAGUACCGGAUUGAUGCAGAACCCAUUUGUCGAGCAGCUGGUGGGAAAAGAAUUUGCGAUCAACGAUGGCUCUGAGUCGGGACAAAGCAAAGCUCCGCAUCACCGUCUCCUCAAAGACCAAAAGACGGGCGGCAUCGUCACAGACCGUUAUCUUCGCGCUCGUAUAACCAAUGACCAGGAUACUUCCAGUGGUACAGCAGAUGCCGUCCUACCGGAUGUCUUUGUAAUUGGCGAUUGCGCCGUAAUGGAGAACGACAAGUCACUGCCCAAAACAGCACAAGUCGCCUCUCAGCAAGCCGGGCAUCUCGCAAAGCAGCUCAACAAAAGCAUCCAAACUUCCCCGACCCCUACCGACGUCAGCAACGCCUGGAAGCCCUUCAAGUUCCGCAACUGGGGUACGUUGACGUACCUCGGCGGGUGGAAGGCGAUACACCAGAGCUCUGCCGACGAGCUGCGCGGGUGGGUUGCCUGGAUUGUAUGGCGAGGAGCUUAUCUGACGAGAAGCAUGAGUGUGCGGAAUAAGCUGAUGGUGCCUGUGUAUUGGUUUGUGUCUUGGGUGUUUGGGCGAGACAUUUCACGAUUUUGA